AAACCUGUGGUACUGCAUGGUGUUUUUCCCGUACAAAUACAUUGUUUAGUUGACACAGAAUCCACACAAACAAUAUUUUCGGGUUUAAAGUACGGAAAGACACCAUUUCACGAGAAAAGGCUGCUGUCAUUUGAGUCCUCAAUGGGUUUACUGAAUGCACUAAGAGCUGUCAGAUGCUACCUGAGUCCUCUUUCAACAUCAAAAUCAUGGCUUUCCACCCAAGCCUCCUUGCUGGGAGACAGAAACAUCCUGCUCAUGGGUGCCCCUGGGGCAGGGAAGACCACAGUGGGCAGGAUAGUGGCCCACAGGCUGGGACUGCCUGUCAUCGACGUCGAUGACGAUGUCUUGGAGAAGUCAUGGAAGAUGCCUGUGGCUGCAAAGCUGGCAGCAGUAGGCGGAGAGCGUUUCCUGGAGGAAGAAGGCGAUGCUUUGUGUAACUUCUCUGCCUCAGGCUGUGUUGUUUCCCUGACAGGCUCCAACCCUCUGCACACUGCAGCGAUGAAACACAUCAAAGAGUCUGGACUGGUCAUCUAUCUGGACGUGGACAGUGAAGACAUCGUACAUAGACUCACCAGGAUGAAAGUGAACAGGAUAGUGGGACAGGAGACUGGGACGUCCAUGAGGGACAUUCUGCAUUACAGGAAACAGUUUUAUGAGAGAUGGCUUGAUCUGCGGGUGCUGUGUGGAACAGGGGACACAGUGGAGGAAGUAGCAGAGAAGGUGCUGAAGGCUAUGGAGAGAUAUCAGAACCACGCUUCGGAAACCUUUGUGUCAACCAGGAGUGACAGCGUGGAAUCAAAAACACUCUUUAGUGAUGUGGUAGUGGAGGGUCUAGCCACAGAUGGAGGCCUCUACGUUCCCAAAAAUGGCUUCCCAAACAUUGAUGCUCGUGAAUGGCUGCGACUAGUUCAUAUGUCAUACCCAGAACGAGCAUUAAUUUUACUUGAAAAGUGCAUACACCCAUUGGAUGUCCCUGCUUCGGAUCUAAGAACAAUGAUAUUUAAGGCAUAUGGGUCAAACUUUUCUAGUGAGGCAGUAGCACCUGUAAAACAUCUCAUCCACAAUCAGUAUAUCCAGGAGCUUUUUCAUGGCCCCACUGCCUCAUUCAAAGACCUCGCCUUGCAGCUAAUGCCACAGCUCUUCGCCUAUUGCCUCCCACAGAUGUGCAACUACCUUAUUCUGGUAGCCACAUCUGGAGACACAGGAAGUGCGGUGCUCAGUGGCUUCAGCAGGCUCAGUGGCUCUGACACACACAGGACCGGGGUGCUGGUGUUUUUCCCAGAGGAAGGCGUGAGUGAGAUUCAGAAGCUUCAGAUGAUGAGCUUCAGGGAGGGCAACGCCAGGGCCGUCAGCGUCCUGUCAGACUUUGACUUCUGUCAGAGGAGCAUAAAGAGGAUGUUUGGAGAGGGCGGGCUGACGGGUCACCUCGCUGUGGAGUACAGCACCGUUCUCAGCACCGCAAACUCCAUCAACUGGGCACGACUGUUGCCACAGGUGGUGUACCAUUCCUCAGCUUAUCUGGAUCUAUGCAGAGAUGGAGUUAUCAAGUUCGGGGAGCCCAUUGAUGUUUGCAUCCCCUCUGGUAACUUUGGCAACGCCAUGUCUGCUGUCUACGCCAAGCAGAUGGGCAUCCCGAUAAGAAGAAUCAUCUGUGCGUCCAACCACAACCGCAUCAUCACCGACUUUAUCACCACAGGCGAGUAUGAUCUCCGGUCACGGCCUCUGGCGCUAUCCCACUCCCCUGCCAUAGAUAUCCUGAAAUCCUCCAACCUUGAGAGGUUUAUCUUCCACGUUUCGGACGGAGACGGCCAUCUUGUCAAGGAGCUGUUCACACGCUUAGACAGACAGCAGCACUUUCAGGUUCCUGAGCCUCUUCUUGGCAGGAUUCAGCAGGAAGUGCUGGCUGGCUGGUGCUCUGAAGAAGACUGCUUGGCCGCCAUCCAGAGUGUUCACACACACACAGGCUACCUCAUGGACACACACACCGCCGUUGCUAAAGUCGUCGCUGAUAGGCUGCAGGACGCUUCAUGCCCCAUGGUGCUUUGUUCCACCGCUCACCAUGGGAAAUUUGCCCCCGCUGUGUUCAAAGCAUUACAAAUCCAAAAUAUUCCGGAGGAUCCUGUUGAGCAGCUGAAGAAGCUCGGGUCCACUGCAUCCAGACCUGGAAUACACAGAGACAUGAUGAAGUGCCUGGAGGGAAGCAGCAGGAAGGAACACACUGUGUGUCAGGCAGAGUAUGGGGCAUUAGUUGAAGAAGUGGAUAACAUGAUACAGAGCUCCUUUUUAAAAGUUAUGUAGUAUUAUUUUUUAGCAUUUGUUAAUGUCCACCUUAAAGGGGACCUAUUAUGCUUUUUUGAGUUUAUCUCCCACAUCCCCUCCCUGCCUGAAACCCCUCCAUUGGAAUCCUUUGUUCAGUUAUGUACAGUAUCAUAGUGCCAUCACUAUGAAUCACUCAAACUUCUAUUGGCUAUCGCUCCAAAAUAUUUUACGUGAAAGGUUAAGGUGCGGGACAUCUCGAAGCGGUUGACCAAUCACAACAAAACCGGCCAGCUAACCAAUCAGAACACACUGGGCUUCCGUUUCAGACAGAGGGUGAGAAGAGGUCCUUCACAGGCAGUAUGAGAAAAAUAAUGACAUUUUUGAAACAUUAAAGCAUGUAAUCAUGUCACAAUAGAGGCAGAAAAUAAAAGUAUAAACCUGAAAAUGAGCAUAAUAGUGCCUCUUUAAGUUAUUGUUCAAUUCAAUCAGAAUUACGCAUCCUUGAACAGUACUGUUCUUUAGUAUCAUGUACUCUUCAUUCCUUUAAGAUGGUCAUUUUUUAAAGCAUAUUAACAAAUAGGUUUGUGUUCAAAUAAAAAGGGGCAAGAAACAAAUUGUGCCUGAGCCUACAUGAUGAAAAAAAGUGUUUACUCUGAUUAUACUCCAAUAGACCUCUCGACUCAAUUCAAAGAAAGAGCACAUUUCCCCUCUGUGGGACAAAUAAAGAUAUUCUGAUUCUGUAUUCUGAUUGAUGACCCGAUAUUUAUUUACAUCAUUAUCCAGGACCUUGGCCCACUAGAUGGUGAUGUCUACCUUUUGGUCAAUGCUGUGUGAUAAUACUAGUGAAAGUGUUGCAGUAACAGAGUAGUAUUGCUGGUUAGAAGGUCAAAUAAACAAGUGAAUAGCGAUUAUCAAAUCAAUAUCUGCAGUCAUUUCACUACUUUGUAUUGUACUCUACAUUGUAAUACAAAUAGACAAAAAAAUUCCCUUUCUAUUUACAUCAUCUUCUUUCUUAUUACUUAAACGUUUCUCCGCUGAUGUUAGGAUUGAUGAAUAGCUAUCAAAGCAGCAUGGAAGACCUCAGCAUGGCAUUAAAAAACAGCUAAUGAUUCGAUCUACAUAGUCCACUAAUAUCGAGGUGAAGCUCAAGCAGCUGGUUUUCUCCUCCAAUAAGUGUCCACUCACUCAUUUCCUACCUUACUGAAGGUAUUUAGCGAUUUGUUUCCCUUUUAGGUGCCUCUCAGCUGCUAACAUUCGGCACCAUUUAUUCCUUAUUAAGAGCGUUCAAGCUCUUUUAUUUGUUCUAUUGAGAGAAACAGUAUAAGAGGCUGA